AUGCAAUCUCUUCUUGUCCCUCGGCUCGCCAAUCGCGGUAUACCGCUUUUCUGUCGGGCAUCUCAUUUGGCUCGGUCGCGUUAUGCCGGCCUUCGAUCUUUAUCCUCCAAAGCAUCUACACGCGUCGCCGUCCUCUACCAGGCAUUGGACCCUCCUAUCAUCAAUGGUGUCCGCAAGCCCAAGAAGCCAGGCGGUUAUCAGGACUCGGGCGCUGAUAUCGCCUACAACCUCGAUCAAUGUGAUGAUGUCCAGGUUAUAACACCAAACAGUACCCCGGAGCCCUUAAAGAUGGCGACUGGUGUUUUCCUGAUACCGAAGAAGUUUGUCAACAACUACUUGCGGGCCGUCGGUGGAUUCACUAUGCCACGAACCUUCACUGCAUCCUCGCUGACCGAGGUGGCUCAAUCGGCUGAUAACAUCUCUUACCCAGUUGUUGCCAAGCCAAUUCGUGGGCGUGGCAGCUUCGGUGUUAAGGUGUGCCACAACAAGAGCGAGUUACUAACCCACGCUGAGGAACUAUCCAGCAACUCUAUGGCUUUUAUGGUGGAAGAAUUUCUGGAAGGCGAGGAGGCGACAGUGACUGUCAUGCCCCCUACCGCAGAGGGUCAAGACUAUUGGUCUCUUCCCAUUGUCACUCGCUUCAAUCAUCAGAAUGGAAUUGCAUCAUAUAACGGCGUUGUAGCGGUUACCGCCAAUUCACGAGUAGUGCCCGAGAGUGAGACUGGCCCUCUCCAUGAGAGGCUAGCUAGAGAAUGUGAACGAGCAGCUAGUCUUCUCAGGUUGGCUGCUCCCAUUCGCAUUGACGUCCGAAAAUUCAAGGACUCGUCUGAAUCGGCAUACGCGUUGUUCGACGUCAACACGAAGCCUAAUAUGACAGGUCCCGGGCGGCCCAAUCGUGAUGAUCAAGCCAGCUUGACUUUGCUAGCUGCAAAUGGUCUAGGUUGGGAUUACAAUGAGCUUUUACGACGGAUUUUAGGCGGACUAGCACUUGCCAGAGUCCUGUUCAAUGACUCCAGAGAUAUUUUCUCUUUAUCAUCCGGUGGCUCUGGAGAUCCAUCUGCUAUACGACCGUUUACCAAUGGGCCUUUCGGAAUGGAAAAGGGUAUCAUUUUAUCAACUGGAAGUCUUACCUUACCUCUCGGCCCUGGUGACACUUGUCCAAGCUCUUAUACAACUGAUGUGUAUGAUGCCUAUACUCGUUCGUAUUGUGGCGCGGAUAGCUAUAACGGUGUUAUAUACACCUUGAACGUUUUGCCGACAAAGGCUACUACAUUUCUCGUCGACAUAGUUAUUGCAAGCUGUGAUCUCAUAUCUGGAGAUAAAGUGAUACUUAUGGUUGAUGGUGUGAAUUACGCAAAAGACGAAAAUGGGAUUGCACUCGACUCCUCAUCAAAGUACCUCGGCGAACCCUGGGGUAUACCUUCGCCCAAUGGCGAUACUGCAUUUUUAAUGUCUUCUCCUCCUCUCCGCUUUUCGAUUCCAGUUCCAAAGUCAUACGUCGAACUGAAGAUUGCCGUAUGCGACCGUCUCGAUGGCUAUGGUGAUACUGCCGUCAUGGUCAAAAUCCGACCCUGCAACGACUGCGAUCAGUCAUUUAAAGUGGACUACGACGCAACAACUGUUACAAUCACCACGACUUACGAAGCAACUUCUAUAAUCACACAACCAGCUUCCGGGACUGCCCGAGGGACUAUCUCUCAUGUCACAUAUGUAACUCCCUCUCCUGUCAGCACUACAUCAUCGUCACAAGACUCAACGUCGGAGGACAUUACAUCCUCAGCAGUAUCAGCAACUUCGACAUUUUCGACAUCGUUCAUAGCGUCAACGUCAGAUUCACCUGCACCUGCCACAACGUCUUCCGCGCCGCUGUCCUGUAACGAGAUGAGCCAUCCCUAUCAAGCUCCUUCUGGAUCAAAGUUCCAAGUUGAUUGCGAUUCAUAUGCAACCGGCGGCAACCAAAUUGGUCUGAGUCACAAGGCUGGCGAUUUAUCGACAUGCAUAGACUUAUGUGCUACUACCUCCAAUUGCCAGGCUGCACUACUCGAUCGAAGUCAGUUGCUAUGCUACCUACUCGACGGUACUGAUGGUCCGGCUUUCAACAAUUUGUACGACAUGGCUACUCUAUUAUCGUCCACGCCAUCCACAACCGAAUCGUCCGAGGCAUCAUCCUCAACCACCUCGCCCCCAUCGCCACAAACUUCGCUCUCAUGUAGUCAGAUGGUGAGCAGUAUCUACACUGACAAGUUCACCAUCAGUUGCGAUACUGUCUCGACCGGGGAAUCUAUCUAUCGAAGCGCUGAGGAAGAUAGCUUGGAGAAUUGCUUGGCCAUGUGCGACAACGACAUCAGGUGCCUGGCCAUAAACUUCUACCCUUAUCCCUACAGCAAUUUUAUCAUCCUCAACCGCGUCUACAUCAUCGGAGUUCAUACAGUCAACUCUCUCCACAGAUGUAUCAACUACAAAGCCAGCAACAUCAAUGACAUCAUCAGCGCCAUGGUCAGAUUCCACAUCGGAGCUCACAUCGGAGGACUCCCCAACAUCAAUUGGAGUUUCAUCAUCGCUAGAGUCUACAAUAGCUACAUCAACAGCUACUACAACCUCGCUUGA